UUGAUAUGCUAUGCUCGCUAGCUAGCGGAGUUUAUUUUUGCAUGUUAGGUUACCAUUAACUUUCCUCUCUUCACUGUCUCGCCACUGUAUCAAGAGAAAAUAGAAAACGCUCUGCAUGAAGGGCUGAUGGAAAACGCAAGAGAUUUGGCUGAACGGACUGUUCGUUCAGAAAGGAAGAGGCGGGACUCGUUUGGGAUGUUCGAUGGCUAUGACAGCUGCAGUGAGGAUUCUAGCAGUAGCUCGAGCUCUGAGGACAGUGAUGAAGAGGUGCCCUCCCUCCCUGCCAGCCUGCCCAUCAUCAAGACUAACGGCCAGGUCUACACCUACCCCGAUGGGAAGGCAGGAAUGGCCACCUGUGAGAUGUGUGGGAUGGUGGGAGUGAGAGAUGCUUUCUACUCCAAAACCAAGCGCUUCUGCAGUGUAUCCUGUUCAAGGAGCUACUCAUCCAACUCUAAAAAAGCCAGCAUACUGGCCAGACUGCAGGGUAAACCACCAACGAAAAAGGCUAAAGUAUUACAGAAGCAGCCUCUCAUGGCGAAGUUGGCUGCCUAUGCCCAGUACCAAGCCAACCAACAGUACCAAGCCAACCAACAGAAUCAAGUCAAAUCAAAAACGGUGAUUCCUGUGAAAGGCUUUGAUUGGGGACGCUACAUAGGCACCGGCGACAUUAACGGGGCACCUGUCGGCUGUUUCAAACAUGUUCCCAUGGGAACUUCUUGGGGUGACCUUGCAGAAGGGGUGAGGGUAGAGGUGCCCAAUACAGACAGCGGCCUGCCAAUGAAAGUGUACUGGAUAGCAGGAGUUAUCAAAUUAGCAGGCUUUAAGGCACUGCUACGGUACGAGGGGUUUGAUGGUGACUCUGGCAGGGAUUUCUGGUGUAACAUCUGUGUCCCUGACAUCCACCCGGUGGGCUGGUGUGCAGCAGGAGGAAAGCCCCUGGUUCCUCCCAAGUCCAUUCAGCACAAGUGCACCAACUGGAAAGCGUUUCUUGUGAAAUGCCUAACAGGAGCAAAGACUCUACCUAUUGAUUUCUCCACCAAGGUGCAGCAGAGCAUGCAGUUCCCCUUUAAGAAGCUGAUGCGUGUGGAGGUGGUGGAUAAGACUCACCUGUGCCGGACACGGGUGGCCCUGGUAGAGCAGGUGAUCGGCGGUCGACUUCGGCUCGUCUACGAGGAGUGCUCGGACGGCUCGGAUGACUUCUGGUGCCACAUGUACAGCCCACUGAUACACAGCAUCGGCUGGUCCCGCGGCAUCGGACACCGCUUCAAGAGAUCGGAUGUUUCAAAGAAACUUGAUGGCCAAGUAGAUGCCCCAGGACAGCUUUUUGUGAAGGUGAAGGAUGUUGACCAGAGCGGGGAGUGGUUUAAAGACGGCAUGAAGCUGGAGGCUAUUGACCCUCUGAAUCUAUCAGCUAUUUGUAUUGCUACUGUUAGAAAGGUCUUGGCGGAUGGAUACCUCAUGAUCGGAAUUGAUGGUUCCGAGGCAGCUGAUGGCUCUGACUGGUUCUGCUAUCACUCCACCUCUCCCUCUAUCUUUCCUGCUGGAUUCUGUGAAAUCAACACAAUUGAACUCACCCCUCCACGUGGGUACACAAAACUCCCAUUCAGAUGGUUUGACUACCUCAGGGAAACGGGUUCAGUGGCAGCUCCGGUGAAGCUCUUUAACAAGGAGGUUCCAAACCAUGGGUUCCGCCCUGGCAUGAAGCUGGAGGCUGUGGACCUGAUGGAGCCCCGGCUGGUGUGUGUUGCCACAGUGACACGUAUUGUAUAUAGACUGCUGCGCAUCCAUUUUGACGGCUGGGAGGACGAGUAUGAUCAGUGGGUGGAUUGUGAAUCACCUGACCUCUACCCUGUGGGUUGGUGUCAGCUGACUGGCUACCAACUACAGCCACCAGCUGUGCUAGCCUCUAGAGAGCUCCCUCCGAGUGUGACAAAGCAGAAGAAGAAAUCCCAGCAGUACAAAGGCCAAAAGAAAAAGAGGAAGAUCCCCAUUGGCAAGCGGCCAGUGAGUUUGUCGGGGGUGGUAUUGAGUGGAGUGCCCCAGAGGAACCUAUCUGGAGACGAGAACAUGACCCCGCCAGACUACCCAUCUCCUCCCACGCCGGCAUCUGCCCUGGGGAACGCACAGCCUCCCUCGGCAGCCCAGGAACUCGGCCCCAAUGGAAAGCCAGGGGUAACGCUGCAGCUGAAGGAGGAGGUUCAGGAGACGGACGAGUUCAACUUCCCGCAGGGCACAGCCUCUGACCUAGAGAACAACGGCUCCGGCUGCAGUUACUACAUCAAACAGGAGCCCUGAGCCUCCGUGGGGCACUGCUGCACCCACCACCGGAGGGCCAGCCUGGGGGCAAGAAGGAGCCUGUCCACUCCCUCCCUCUCCACAGCACCAGAGACCAUGGGCCCUGGGUGGCAUCCCCACAACAUUAACAUGGAAGGUCACCAAGUGCUCCAAGCUGUGCCCAUAGAGAGAUUCAGGACAGAGCGGCUCAAAGACUAGUUCCAAACAGACAGCGCAAACGGGGAGAGUAGAAAAUAAAGGGGAAAAAAGAGGUGCGUAAAUGACAACAACAAGUUUAAGUUCAGUUUUUUGUACUUAAAAAAAAAAGUUUUUGUACGACUUUUUCAAAUCCGAGAUCUUUUUGUGCAUCUCUCGUAUUCGUUACUUUGAGGUAGGGUAAUCUUUUGAUGGAUAAACUAUGUGAUGUUUGAGUGUAUAUAUAAUCAGAUUUUCCAAAAAACAGGGUGUAUGUACAGUUGAAGUCGGAAGUUUACAUAAACUUAGGUUGGAGUCAUUAAAACUAGUUUUUUAACCACUCCAUAAAUUUCAUGUUAACAAACUAUAGUUUUGGCAAGUUGGGACAUCUACUUUGUGCAUGACACAAGUCAUUUUUCCAACAAUUGUUUACAGACAGAUUAUUUCACUUAUAAUUUGAUGUAUCACAAUUCCAGUGUGUCAGAAGAUUACAUACACUAAAUUGACUGUGCCUUUUUAAACAGCUUGGAAAAUGAUGUCAUGGCUUUAGAAGAUUCUGAUAGGCAAACUGACAUCAUUUGAGUCAAUUGGAGGUGUACCUGUGGAUAUAUUUCAAGGCCUACCUUCAAACUCAGUGCCUCUUUGCUUAACAUCAUUGGAAAAUCAAAAGAAAUCAGCCAAGACCUCAGAAAAUAAAGAGCAAUUUCCAAACGCCUGAAGGUACCACGUUCAUCUGUACAAACAAUAGUACGCAACUAUAAACACCAUGAGACCACGCAGCCGUCAUACCGCUCAGGAAGGAGACACGUUCUGUCUCUUAGAGAUGAACGUACUUUGGUGCGAAAAGUGCAAAUCAAUCCCAGAACAGCAGCAAAGAACCUUGUGAAGAUGCUGGAGGAAACGGGUACAAAGUAUCUAUAUCCACAGUAAAACGAGUCCUAUAUCGACAUAACCUGAAAGGCCGCUCAGCAAGGAAGAAGCCACACUGCUCCAAAACCGGCAUAAAAUAGCCAGACUAAUCUUGUGCAACUGCACAUGGGGACAAAGAUCAUACUUUUUGGAGAAAUGGCCUCUGGUCUGAUGAAACAAAAAUAGAACUGUUUAGCCAUAAUGACCAUCAUUAUGUUUGGAGGAAAAAGGGGGAGACUUGCAAGCCGAAGAACACCAUUCCACCCGUGAAGCACAGGGGUGCCAGCAUCAUGUUGUGGGGGUGCUUUGCUCCAGGAGUGUCUGGUGCACUUCACAAAAUGGAUGGCAUCAUGAGAAAGAAAAGUAUGUGGAUAUAUUGAAGCAACAUCUCAAGACAUCAUUCAGGAAGUUAAAGCUUGGUUGAAAAUGGGUCUUCCAAAUGGACCCAAGCAUACUUCCAAAGUUGUGGCAAAAUGGCUUAAGGACAACAAAGUCAAGGUAUUGGAGUGGCCAUCACAAAGCCCUGACCUCAAUCCUAUAGAACAUUUGUGGGCAGAACUGAAAAAGCGCGUGUAAGCGAGGAGGCCUACAAACCUGACUCGGUUACACCAGCUCUGUCAGGAGGAAUGGGCCAAAAUUCACCCAACUUAUUGUGGGAAGCUUGUGGAAGGCUACCCAAAACGUUUGACCCUAGUUAAACAAUUUAACAACAUUGCUACCAAAUACUAAUUGAGUGUAUGUAAACUUCUGACCCACUGGGAAUGUGAUGAUGGAAAUAAAAGCUGAAUUAAUCAUUCUCUCCUCUGCUGUUAUUCUGACAUUUCACAUUCUUACAAUAAAGUGGUGACCCUAACUGACCUUAGACAGGGAAUUCUUAUUAGGAUUAAAUGUCAGGAAUUGUGAAAAAUUGAGUUUUAAAUGUAUUUGGCUAAGGUGUAUGUAAACUUCCAACUUCAACUGUAUGUCGGUAUUGAAUGGACUAAACCUUACUGGUAAAAAAAACAAUCACUCAGAUAUAAAGUAGAAACACCCCACCAAUCAGCUUCAUACCAGUUGCACACAUUCAACUAAGAUUUGAGCACCUAACCACAAUCUCUGGAUCUUGUGUUCCAUUUGUGUGAUAGCCAAUCAUGAAUGACGGCUAUCACUGGGACAUUUACCAUGGAGAAUGUGGACGACCCCAAAUCUCAGGUCGAUCUUUUUCCCACACUAUAUUUACCAUGCCUUAUUUAAAGUAUGUUUACAAAUAUUACUCCUCUUGGCCAGUUGAUUGCAGGCAAAUUUGUCAAAUCUAAAAAUUCUACUCUAUGAAAAACAGGUCAUUCACUGUGGUAAUAUUUAGUUCUAUCAUAGUUUACUACACAAUGAUAUGCAAAGCUUGACUCUUGUGUCAAAUAGUACAGAGAUCUAUCUGAAAUGUGUUAUAUCUAAUGUAUGUAGCAUUAUUCUACAUGAAUUAUGUCAUAAUUCAGAGCGAUACUAUAAAUGUGAGUCGAGGAAAUAUUCAAGCCACUGUAAGAGUUGGGCUAUUGUUCAUCAUUAUCAUCAUUAGUGUUUCAUCACUUCACUACCAUCAACAACAUGAGAACCAUUUAUCUAAAUAGAGAAUGUACUGCCUUUUGUAAAAGAAAAUCUUCAAAAUAAUGCUAUGUUUGCUCUUCCUCUUUUAGAAUUUGAAUGUAAUCUCCUGCUGCAAGGUAGUCAGGUUCUGGUCAAUCCACACAUCAAGGUGAUUUCCAUGACAAUUUAAAUCACUUUGUGUGCAUAUUUCUUAGUAAGUGAUUGGUGGGCUUGUGUUAAAUUGUCACACUCACUGACUCAUGAUCACACAUGUUAUUCAUAGGCCAUCAUUUCGUUGGGAGAUAUUAAAUGAAUGUCAAUAUUGAUUUAUAAAACAAAAUAUAUCACAUUAAAUAUUUAUUAACAAAGCAUACAGUAUAUAACAGAGCCAAUUUACAAACAUAUGGUGAUUUAUUUUGUGCCAUAUGAGGGAUUAUAAUCUACAUACUUUAUCAAAUACCGACUGCACUCCAUUGUCUCACUUUAUAUACCAGUAAGGUUGACAAUUUAUUCUCAGGAAAUCUUAGCGUAUUGUAUUAUAGGCUUCUUCGUCGUUAUGGUUAUUGAGAAAGGUGUUGUCAUUGGCUGUUGGCAUGCUGAAAUUAGGCUUCAGAGAUUGAUGUGGUCAACAAUAUUAACAAAAUGUGUUAGUCCAAGAUCGGUCUUUAAAGUACAUGUGUCACUUGGUAAACCAUCUCACUCAUGUAGAGACCUAUCUGAAUGUGAUACAAGGUCCCAUUUCAAGUGGAUUUGUCAUAUAUUUUGUCUCUAGAGGUAGGAUUUAACUGUCUGUCACUGUUUGAUCAUGUGUAGGUGUUUCUUGAACUAUUUUUUUUUCUCCAAAAGUUCAGUUAAAUGUUAGCUUUGUCGAUUUGUCUUACUGUUGUUACUGUUUGUUUCAAUGUCUGGCCCUGAGUGAAACUCAAACAAGUAUUAGUCUCAAUGAAAAUGUACAUUUUACGCAUUGGCUGGUGUAAACCAGCUCAGGUGACCAUGGUGAUGCCAAAGAUUGCCUAAGGUCACUGUCAAGCAAUAACGUCUUAUCACAGUACUCUCCUAAUGCAGUGAGAUCCUAAGCUUUGAGCUGUACUUUCACUCAAACUUUAGACUGUGCAUCAAAGACUGAAUGGUGGAAAUAUACAUUACAUUGUUAAUAUAUGGUAUGACUGUUUUGAGGUGACAAACCUUGUCUCCAUCGUCCUUGUAACACAAAUGUUAAACACGAGAAUUAAUGGUAUUUGAAUGAAGAAAAGAAACGCACAAAAUAUAGGGCUACACUAUUCUGAUCAUGACGUUCAAAUGCAUUAUUUCAUCAAUAUUAUAAUCAAUAUAAGAAAAGACUUUGAGGGUGUGUUAACCAAAAUAUGUGCAUGCAGCAGUGUGAACAUGUCCUCUUGUGCUUAACUAGUUGAUCUUGGUUUAUGUGUAACUGUUGGUCUUUGCACUAACAUGGGUCUGUGUGCUUGUUUCUAUUGUGAAACCCCUUCAUUGUCUUUAUGGUGCUAUAUAUAUAUAUAUUUGAUAUUCAUAACCUUUUAAGAAUUAAAGGAUUUUCAUAAACUGUGGCCAUGGAGAAAUUCAGUUCUCUUGUAUUUUGGAUACAACUAUGAAAGAUUUGUAUUAACUGCCAAAACAUUCUUUGCAUGGCACUUGUGAGAAAUUAUUUUUUCCUCAUCCAAGUAUGUUUUUGUUCCUUGGUUUCCAUGGUAAAUGUGUUGUGGACAUGAAGUUUACUAAGCUACAGUAUAUCAAAUACAAAAGUAAAGAAAUGUUUAGAUGUUUACUUUGAUUUAACAUGUUUGAAUUUUGCAGCAUGUUUGUGGAAAAAGUAUUGUAAAUUAAAUUUACUUUCUACACUGCA